UCCGAAAUGGACGGACUGAACGCGUGAAAAUGCGCUUCAGAUUUUCUUGGCUAGCAGUCGGCGUUUGCCUGGUUGUGCACCCAAAUGUGAACCUUGACUUGGCGCAGGCUGCCAACAUCCUGGCCAUAUUUCCCUUCCACUACGGCUCUUCUUUCUUGGUGGUUAGACCUCUAAUAAAGACCCUAUUAGAACGGGGACACAAUGUAACCUUCAUCACGCCAGAGGGCAUGCCACACGAUAUCGAAGGAGUUCGUCACAUUCGCAUUCACAAACUUAAUAAAAGGAUGCUUGAAAUGAUUGAGUCUGAUGAAAUGUUUCGUUUUUUGGUUAACAAAUGGAUGGAGAGCACUCUGGCUGCCACAAUGUUCUUCAAUAUGUGCCAAGACAUCCUCAGCGACGAUGGCGUUCAAAGAAUGCUCAAAGAUGAGAGGGAGCACUUUGAUCUUAUCCUGAUGGAUGCCAGCAACCUGGAUGCACUUUACGGCCUGGUCGAGUACUACAACGCCACUCUGAUUGGCCUUACCAGUAUAAGUGUCAACUGGUACACCGAAGAACUGGCGGGGAAUCCUGCGCCAAGCAUCUAUGAACCCAUCUCCCAAAUAGGCUACUCCAGAGACCACUCCAUACUGAGUAGAAUUUUCAACUGGAUGCACAUUAUUGAGGAGAAGCUGCUGGAACAGCUGCUCGUUCUACCAGCUCAACUGCAGGUCUUCAAGAAGUUCUUUGGCUACUCGGAGCAGAAAUUCUAUGAACUGCGGAACAGGUUCUCCGUGAUUUUGGUCAAUAAUCACUUCAGUGUGGGCAGGGUGCGAUCCAAUGUGCCCAACCUCAUCGAGGUGGGUGGCUUACAUCUCAGUGAACCCCCAGAGCCUUGUGAUGAGGAGUUGCAGAAAUUUAUGGAGGAGGCGCAGAACGGAGUCAUCUACUUCUCCAUGGGCCAGGACAUAAUGGUGAAAUUUCUUCCGGAAAAUCUUCAGCAAACACUGGUGAAGUCCUUUGCCAAGCUUGAGCAGCGGAUUGUUUGGAAGAACGAGUUCUUUAGUAUGCCCAACGUAUCCGAAAACAUAUAUGUGAUUGAAAAAGCCCCUCAACGACAUAUUCUGGCACAUCCCAAAAUGAAGCUCUUCAUUACAAACGGAGGUCUCCUGAGUGUUAUGGAGGCGGUGGACAGUGGAGUUCCCAUGCUAGGACUUCCAAUCUUCUUUGACCAAUUCGGUAAUUUGCGAUGGGGCCAGUCAGCAGGCAUGGCCGAGGUCUUGGACAUAAACAAGCUUAGGGAGGAAAAUCUGACCAACACCAUUCGCGAGCUGAUUGAUAACCCUAAAUACACGAUGAGGGCUAAGAAAAUGUCGGACAUUUUUAAGGAUCGACCCAUGAGUCCUCUGGAUACGGCUGUUUGGUGGAUGGAGUACGCUCUGAGAAAUCGGGAUAUAUCACACAUUCGUCUCAACGCGGAGGAGAUUCCACUAUUCGUUUACUACAGAAUAGAUGGCAUUCUCACAUUUUUCCUUCGAUUUGGAAUGGUUGCUGCUUCGUUAAUCUUUUUGGGCUUGAUUUUCCUCAGAACUUGCGUGCCAGCCGAUUUAAUUAAUCGAAUGUAUUUGAACUUUUCAAUAAAGUGAUAUUGUGCAAGAACAAUUGUUAAUAUUCUAA